AUGAUUGCACAUAAAAUAAUGAUUAUUUCGGGAAUAUUUAUGUGUAUAUUGGGUUUAAUUGGAAAUAUUUUAAAUAUUUGUAUAUUCACAAUAUGGUCUCGUUCAAAAAAAUCUUCUCAUCGACAUACACACAGCAAUAAUCGAUCAGUUAAUAGUCCUUUAUAUUUAUUUGCAUCAUCAAUUGCUAAUUUAAUUAUAAUACUUUAUCCAUUAUUAACACGUAUUAUGUUCGAUGGCUAUCAAUAUAAAAUAACACAAACAAAUGUUUUUAUUUUAUGUAAAUUACGAUAUUAUUUUUUACAUACAUUUUAUCUAAUAUCAUUAACAUGUAUUUGUAUGGCAACAUUCGAUAGAUAUUUAAUAUCAUCACGUGAUGUUCAUCUAAGAGAAUUAAGUCCAACAAGACAUCGAACAAUAAUUAUUAUUUUAAUUAUUUGUACUCUUAUUGGAUUACAUAAUAUUCCACUUAUUAUUUUUUUUAAUCUUUCAAAUAAUGGUCAAUGUAUUAUUUAUUCAAUAACAUAUUCGUAUUAUUAUUUAUAUGUUUUUCGAAUAUUAUUACAAGGAAUAAUACCAAUUAUAUUUCUUUCGUUAUUUGGAAUAUUAACAUUCAGACAAUUGAAAAUCUUAGCACAGCAUAGUGCAUGUAACCAUAUAAAUAGUGAUAGACAAUUAGCACGUAUGCUUCUAUUAAUUUCGAUUACUAUAAUUAUAUCAACAAUUCCGAAUUGUAUUGAACAAAUCUAUGAUAUUAUAAUGAAUCAUACAAAUUCUAAACCUUCAUCAAAAUUUUUUCUCUAUCAUGUUAUUUCAUCAAUAUUAUUCUAUACAAAUCCUGUUACGAGUUUUUAUAUUUUCUAUAUAUCAACACCAAAUUUUCGUACUCAACUUCGAAAUUUAAUUACAUAUAAAAAACAUCAUGAUUAUCUAAUUAAUCAUCAAAUACAUUCAACAAAUUAUAAUAAAUAA